AUGCUUGAGAUGGUGGAGAGUCAGUGCAACGCCUCGAUCGGGGAGGUGUUUAAUCUCAUGGACGUGUUUCUUGAGUGGAAGCUAACAUCGAAUCUUCAGGUGUUCACAUCGCUGCUGUCCAUCUACAUGCGCCGUCGUGAAGUAGGCAAUGCUGUUGCGCUCAUUGGUGCGAUGGGAGAGCAUGGUAUCGUUCAGGGUGUGGAGGCAUUCACGACUGUGGCGUUCAUUCAUGCAUCUCGCGGUGACUUGAAGGCUGUGGAAGACGUUUUACGAGACAUGGCGAGUCAAGGUGUUGCUACCGACAGGAUGUUCUUUGACUACGUCCUCAACGCACUGUACGGGUCGUGCGGUAUCGACAUGUGUUUCUAG